AGCACCAAUUCAUAAUCAAAGGCAACCAGCACAAAUGCACGGUCUUCCCCGUAGUUCGAGCACUUCAAGCAAUCGUUCGUCGAGGAAUCUUGCAGAGAUUGAAGAAGAAGAACCAGAAGCAGAAGCAGAGAGUUUUUACGUUGCAGUUGGAAAAGAGUACAGAGAGAGCAAAGAGACAUUAAUCUGGGCUCUUCGAAAUGUCUCGAAGGACAGGAGACUUGUUCUUGUUCAUGUGCAUAGGCCUGCUCAGCUGAUCCCUAUGAUGGGAGCCAAAUUUCAUGUGAACCAACUUAAAGAAGAGCAAGUUAGAGGGUUUAGAUUGCUUGAAAUGCACAAGUUGAAUAAUACUUUGGAUGAGUACCUGGCUCUUUGCUCCCUUGCAAAGGUUAAAGCAGAGAAAUUAGUGAUAGAGAUGGAUGAUAUUGGGAAGGGGAUUGUGGAGCUCAUCGCUCAACAUGGGAUCAAGAAACUUAUCAUGGGUGCAGCAGCAGACCGACAAUACUCAAAGAAACUUAAAGGUCCAAAAUCCAAAACAGCAAUAAGCGUGGAGCGAAAUGCUGAUCAAUCAUGCAAGAUAUGGUUCGUUUGCAAAGGGAAUCUGAUCUGCACCAGGGACGCGGUCCUAGAUGGAUCAGAGGUAGGAAGGUCACACGGAGCCAUCCUGCAGGACUCUAGCCAGUCAUACCAAUUGAGAUCGAAAUCUGCACCUGCACAUCAGACUGAAACAACCAACUGGCUCGCAAGCCCCACUCAAAGAUCAAGGUCUGAAGAUUAUGAUUCCCGUGGGGGGAAAUUAAAGCCUGCUGAUACAUCAAGAAGUGUAAGCUUUUCGAUGAGAGAGGGAGGUGUCGUUGAUCCUUCGGAAGGCAUUUCUCGGGGUUCUCCGGCUUCAGACCAUUCCUUAUCGUCGGUUGGUAGCAGCAUAGGCUCAUUACCAACAUUUAAGGAUCAAGAGAACGAAGAGGCAUUGCCUUCAGUGCAGGAGCCUGACGAGGAACUACGACUUUCGUCUCCAAGCCUUGAGCUGGAAGGUGAUGCGGUAGAUGAUGAAGUAUAUGAAAAGCUGCAGUAUGCCCUCAAAGAGGCAGAGGACGCUAAACGUGAAGCUUAUGAAGAAUCACAGAGACGGAGGAAAGCUGAAGUAUACGCAAUUGAAGCUGCCCAAAAAGUUAAGGCAUCAGAAAACGUCUAUGUGAAGGAGCUUAAACAAAGGAAAGGCAUCGAGGUAACACUGGCAAGAGAAAGACUAGAGCUUGAAAAACUCAAAGCUCAGCAUGACGAAGUUCUGGAAGAAGUCCAAAAGGCAAAUGGGAAGAAAGCACAGAUGCAACUGCAAAUUACUGAAUCUGAACAAAUAAUCAAGGACCUUCAAGAGAAAUUAUCAGUAGCUAGAUGUCUCAUCAAAUCACUACACAAGGAGUAUGAGGGGUCGCAGCAAGAGCAAGAGGAUGCAAUUAGAGAGGUAAAAGAGCAAGAAGAAGCAAGCACCGGCACUCAGAGAGUGAUGAAUUUCAGUGAGUUUACAUACUCUGAGAUUGAGAGAGCAACUAAUAACUUCGAUGACUCUAUGAAAAUCGGAGAAGGUGGAUAUGGAAGUGUCUAUAAAGGAUAUCUUCGGCACACCAUUGUGGCUAUAAAGAUUUUAAAUUCUCAAAGCAUGCAAGGACAAGCGGAAUUUUAUCAAGAGGUUGAAAUUCUUGGCAAGGUGAGGCACCCACACGUCGUCACUCUCAUCGGGACAUGCCCAGAAGCUUGGGCCCUCAUAUAUGAAUACCUUCCAAAAGGAAACUUAUCAGACCGCCUCGCGUGCAAAGACAACACUCCUCCCCUCCCAUGGCACGUCCGCACAAAUAUCCUAGCUGAGAUUUGCUCUGCACUAAUCUUUCUUCACUCCUACAAGCCUCAUGUAGUAGUCCAUGGAGACCUAAAGCCCGCGAACAUCCUCCUCGGCUCAAACUUUACCAGCAAACUUGGAGACUUUGGCAUAUGUCGGUUUCUAGCCGAGUCCAACACCACCAGCACCUUUUACAAGCAUACUCAACCUAAGGGCACCCUUAUCUACAUGGACCCUGAGUUCCUUUCUAGUGGAGAGCUCACGCCUCGCUCUGAUGUUUAUUCGUUUGGGCUCAUAAUGCUACGUGUACUAACGGGGAAACCUGCUCUGGGGAUCAUAAAAGAAGUGAAAGAUGCAGUAGGAGGGGAUCGGUUGCAUGAGAUACUAGAUGUUUCAGCAGGGGAUUGGCCUUUAGUGCAGGCUAAGCAAUUGGCCAACUUGGGUUUGAGAUGCUGUGAGAUCAAAAGGAAGAAAAGGCCAGACCUGAAAGGAGAUGCUUGGAGCGUUCUUGAGCCCAUGGUGAAAGCUACCUCGUCGAUGGGAUCACCAUCGAGCAACAACUGCAUUCCUUCCUACUUCAUGUGUCCAAUAUUUCAGGAGAUCAUGAAGAAUCCGCAGAUAGCAGCAGAUGGCUUCACGUAUGAGGCCGAAGCUAUAAAAGGAUGGCUCGAAAGUGGGCACGAUACGUCUCCAAUGACUAAUCUCAAGCUUACACACCGCGAUCUUAUCCCCAACCGUGCCCUCCUCUCAGCAAUUCAAGAAUGGUUACAAAAGCAAAAUUGAUGUGGUUCUCCAACUGAUUUAUACAAGACGUCUUCGAUUCGGUGAAAUUUGUGUAUAUACUACAAACUUUUCCCUAAAGGAGUGAAGUACUGCCUUUGUGAAUGUAUACAUCUAGAUAGUUGCAAAA